GAGUCCGUAUCUCUCCUUGAUUCUUUGACAGGUUGUCCCAUUUCUGAAGAUAUUCUAUUGUUUGCAGUUCCAGUCUGUGCACCAUACACGGCUGUUCAAAAUUUCAAGUAAGACACUUGUUUUUUCCCCUGGUUCUGCAGCGCACUUUUCCCCGGCAUUCUUCUUGCCGGAAAGUGGCCUCCCUAGUAGAGGUUGAAGUAGCAGGGAAGUAAAGAAACCCCUCGGGCAGACGGGGAAGGGGCACGGGGAACCCUAACCCAGGGAAAAAAUAACCCGGGAUUAGGGGAAAGUUCCCGCCGUCAACCGGAGGUGAGGCCUUUUUUCCUUUUAAUCGCUUUGUUGCUACCAAAUUUGUAUUCCUAAGUGUCUUUACCGUUAUUAAGAUGAUCUGCCCGAUCAUUCGGGCAAAGCCACUGCCAAACGUCAACUGCGGUUAGUGUGCAUCUCUCAAAAACGUCUUUUCUUAAGGCAGUGGAAGCCUGUUUGCCCUCUGUUAUGUUUUAAGUUUGGCGUUUGUGUUUUUAAUUUAGUUCUUUACACGGGCGAAUUCAACAUUUGUAAGAGCUCCCUACUUGUGUACACCACUGAGUCUAAUUAUUUCCGCACUCAGUCCUGGUCGUUUCAUAUGACUUUCUAGAAGAAACAGAAAUUCCGUUCAACGCACUUAGUCAUAGGUGCAUUAACGGGGUGCCACCCCUUAGCCCCUCCCCUGCAGGAUACUUCACGACUUCACGACUUCAUUCUUUACAUGAUACUCUCUCGAUUCCAACAGGUAUAAAGUAAAACUCACUCCAGGAACAGCUCGCAGAGGAAAAGGUAAGACGUCUGGCUCAGAAAGUUACCAGAAACUAAUUUCUCCUUACAGUUUUCCCGACUGUGGUUUUAAGCACCUUACGGUGAAGAGAGGCCAAAGCGGAAAAGAAAGCAAGCAAAUAUACAAAGAAAAAAAAACAGAUCAUUAGUCGAACAAAAUAUUUCUCCGUUCCUUAUUGGUUUAAAUCCUCGGCUAGUUCUUAAUAACCAGCUAUUGUUGAAACCGGACCAAUGUCGAUAUUUUAAAAUUCAUACUUGGCUACAAUGCGUAGGGGAAUAAAACAAAAAAAAUAUAUUAUUCAUUGUUUAACCUCAAGAUUGAUUCUGUUGUUUUACUCCUUCAAGCCUCGGAGCCAAGUAAGAUUUUAAUACAUCGAAAUUGGUCUUAUGUCACUCUAGAGACAAGGAAGGAGAUUAGGUCGAGUUAACGUUCACAAAGAUUUCUGGGAAUGUUUCUAGGGAGAGGGGAAAAAAUUGGCCAAUAGCUAACCUGCGCUUCCCCAGUAACCAUCCCAGAAACAAUUGUGGGACGCAUUUCGGCUCCAGUUGCCAUCUCGUUACUAAAGUGGCGAAUCGCAAAACAGUAGACUGAAACGUCACGUGGAAACGCAAAGGCAACGCGCGGCGUCUCUGCUGUUUUAGCGAGAAUAUGGUGUACGCUUUGCGAAGACAAAGUAGCUGAUUAACUGCCUCAGAAACAAAGUGAGGUUAAACAAAGUACCGCUUGAUGGAUGGAAACUUCUCUGUGAAGUAUGUAUGUAAAAUAAGACGUCCGUUCAUAUCCUUAAACUGUCUAAUAACAUGCAAAUGUUUUGAAGGCGGGAAUUCGAUAUAGGGGAAAAUAUGUUUUCAGCUUGGAAUAUUUUAGCCUGACAAAACAGCCAACAUUCCGCGACGUCCCCACGGGUUUCCCCGCGAAAUUACGUGGGAGAAAUGAACGCAGAAAUUCCAUACUGAAGAAGCGUCACUACCCAGAUCUAGGUAGUGCUUCUGAUAGAUCGUGCCGCGUGGGGAAUUUCCUUCAACCAAUCAGAAGCACUACCGCGAUCUGGGUAGUGACGCGUAAUCAGUAUGUAAUUUUUGCUUUUAUUUCUCAGACGUCAUUUCGCAGGGAAACCAGUGAUGGCGUCGCUAAAUGUUGUCUGUUUUCUCAGGCUAGGAACAUUUUGAUUGAACGAUAAAUCAGUUAUUGAAUUCGGCUUGCGUGUGAUAUGAAGAAUUGUCCAGUAAUCAGAGGGUGUUUUAUGCCCUCGACAGUUAACACUUUACGGACCAAUUUAGGUUUCUGGGGAACUGCCCACCUACCCCUCCCCUAAGCCAUCAUUUUGCCUUAAGUGAGAAGUAAGUGUUAAUGUUAGCUUAGGGGAUGGGUAGGUUGGCAGUUUCCCGGCAUAAUGUCUUCCUACCACACUCAGUUAUAUCGAUUACAGUUAGAUAUCACCAACUAAUUAAACAUCGUCUUGCUAUUUUUAGCGGCCAAAACUGCGUUGGGCACUUUCUUAUUUUCAAAAGAAGCAACCCAGCUAGAAAAAGAUUUGAUCAAGAGUUUGAAGGUAAGAGAUAUA